UCCCGUGUCCUCAGAGUCUGUGUGACAUCCAUCCACUUUCCUCCGUCUGUUAAGGCGCAUAACUGCUACAAAAAUAUGGCGAAUAUUGACAGGGGAAAACUUUCAGCUAUGGAACCAUCUGGGGAUGAACUUGUUUUCUUUGUAAAUGGGAGAAAGAUUUUGGAGCGAAAUGCAGAGCCAGAGAUGACACUCUUGACUUACCUCCGAAGAAAAUUGGGUCUGACCGGAACCAAACUAGGCUGUGCUGAGGGAGGCUGUGGGGCCUGCACCGUCAUGGUCUCCAAGUUCCACCGCCACCAGAACCGCACUGUGCACCAUUCUGUGAACGCCUGCCUAGCCCCCCUCUGCUCUCUGCACCACUGUGCUGUCACCACUGUGGAGGGAAUCGGCAGUGUGGCGAGCAAACUUCACCCUGUUCAGGAGAGGAUUGCCAAAGCUCAUGGCUCCCAGUGUGGUUUCUGCACCCCUGGAAUUGUGAUGUCUAUGUACUCACUGCUCAGGAACAACCCCCAGCCAAAGAUGCAGGAUGUGGAGGAGGCCUUCCAAGGUAAUCUGUGUCGAUGUACUGGCUACAGACCGAUUUUGGAAGGUUACAAAACAUUUACAAAGGAGGGGGGCUGCUGUGGGGGGAGAGGGAAAGCAAAUGGCUGCUGCAUGACGAAUGGAAACGCCACAAAUGGAAACUCAACCAAUGGACACAAGGAAGACCACAUCAACGGGAAUUCAACCAUCUCAAUCCAACCACUGUAUGACCCAUCUGAGUUCAUGCCUCUGGAUCCAACACAAGAAGUCAUAUUCCCACCAGAGCUGAUGAAUAUAUGUAAGCAAUCUCCAAAAGAGCUGAGGUUCAAAGGGGAGAGGGUGAUGUGGAUUCAACCCAGUUCUCUCACAGAGCUCCUGGAACUCAAAGCUCGCUAUCCAGACGCCAAACUUGUGGUCGGGAACACAGAAGUAGGUAUUGAGAUGAAGUUUAAAAACCUGUUGUACCCGGUCAUCCUCGCUCCUGCCUACAUCCCAGAGCUCAAUGACAUUCAGCACACAGAAGAUGGGAUCGUGUUUGGGGCCUCGUGCACGCUGACACUGCUGGGAGACGUGUUACGCACGGCGGUGGCCAAGCUGCCCUCGCACCAGACGGAGGUCUUCAAGGCCGUGCUGGAGCAGCUGCGCUGGUUCGCUGGUCUGCAGAUCAGAAACGUGGCGGCCAUUGGAGGAAACAUAAUGACGGCCAGUCCUAUCUCUGACCUCAACCCUGUAUUCAUGGCUGCUUCAUGCAAGUUAACUCUACUGUCCAAAGGAGGAACACGUGUUGUUGAGAUGGAUGGCAGCUUCUUCCCAGGCUACAGGAAAACUGUCCUGAAGCCCGAAGAGAUUCUGCUGUCAAUCGAGAUACCCUACACCAAAAAGGGUCAGUAUUUCUCGGCCUUCAAGCAGUCUCCCCGUCGAGAGGAUGACAUCUCCAUCGUCACCUGUGGGAUGAACGUGGUGUUUCAAGAGAGCUCCAACAUCGUGGAGGACCUGCAGCUCAGCUAUGGAGGAAUGGCUCCCACGACGGUCCUAGCCAAGGCCACAAGCAAGAAGCUCAUUGGCAGGCCAUGGAAUGAGGGUCUGCUGGAGGAUGCCUGUGUGUCCUUGGCUGAGGAGAUGGCCCUGGCUCCUUCCGUCCCGGGAGGCAUGGUGACCUACAGGCGUACCCUGACUAUCAGCCUCUUCUUCAAGUUCUACCUGACCGUUCAGCAUCAGCUGGCCCGAGAUGGUGUCCUUUUGGAGGACGUGCGGCCAGACUACAGCAGUGCCACAGAGAUCUUUCACGCAGAAACUCCCUCCAGUGUCCAAGUAUACCAGACAGUGCCUCCUGGACAGAGUGCUGACGAUGUCAUUGGACGGCCCGUAAUGCACCUCUCUGCCCUGAAGCAGGCUACUGGGGAGGCCAUCUACUGUGAUGACAUCCCCUGCUUCGAGAAUGAGCUCCAUCUCGCUCUGGUCACCAGCACCAAAGCACACGCACAUAUAACAUCCAUUGACACAGCUGAGGCCUUGGCCAUUCCUGGAGUUGUCACCUUCGUGUCCUACAAGGACAUCCGCGGCAGCAACAUGACGGGACCUGUGCUCUAUGACGAGACGGUCCUGGCAGAGGACACGGUCACAUGUGUUGGACACAUAGUGGGAGCAGUGGUGGCUGACACGCAGGCACACGCCCAAAGAGCAGCCAAAGCAGUGAGGAUCUCCUACGAGGAGAUGAAGUCUGUCGUCACCAUCCAGGAUGCCAUUGAAAGCCAGUCAUUUUUUCAGCCAGUGAGGACUAUCAAGAAAGGAGAUGUUGCCCAAGGUUUCAAAGAAUCAGAUCACGUUCUUCAAGGGGAGAUUCAUAUUGGAGGCCAAGAGCACUUCUACCUGGAGACCAACUGCACCCUGGCCAUUCCUCGUGGAGAGGACGGAGAGAUGGAGCUCUUUGUGUCCACACAGUCAGCCACGAAAACACAGGCCCUGGUUGCUAAAGCACUAGGAGUGCCAGCCAAUCGGAUUGUGUGUCGAGUAAAAAGAAUGGGCGGUGGCUUCGGUGGCAAGGAGAGCAGAAGUACGCUCCUUUCAACAGUGGUUGCCUUAGCAGCACAAAAAGUCAAAAGACCUGUCCGCUGCAUGCUGGACAGAGAUGAGGACAUGCUUGUUACUGGUGGCAGGCACCCAUUUUUUGGUCGAUACAAGGUUGGCUAUAUGAACUCAGGAAAAGUCAAGGCAGUAGAAGUGACAUUUUACAGUAAUGCCGGGAAUUCCAUGGACCUGUCAUUAUCAAUUAUGGAACGGGCCCUGUUCCAUAUGGAGAACUCCUACAACAUCCCACACAUGUGUGGCACAGGCUACUUGUGUAAAACCAACUUGCCAUCCAACACGGCCUUCAGAGGCUUCGGAGGGCCACAGGGCAUGAUGGUGGCAGAGAGCUGGAUGAGUGACGUGGCACUGGCCUGUGGCAUGCCAUCUGAAGAGGUGAGGAGAUUGAAUCUCUACAAGGAAGGAGAUCUGACCCCCUUCAACCAGUGCUUGGAGCAGUUCACUAUUGACCGCUGUUGGAAAGAAUGCUUGGAAAUCUCCAACUAUCACCAGCGGAAGGCUGAUGUGGAAAAGUUUAAUAAGCAGCAUCGCUGGACAAAAAGAGGUCUCUGCAUCGUCCCCACCAAGUUUGGAAUCAGCUUCACCGCUGUCUUCCUUAACCAGGCAGGAGCCCUUGCUCAUAUCUACACAGACGGAUCUGUGCUGUUGACUCAUGGAGGAACGGAGAUGGGACAGGGACUACACACAAAGAUGGUCCAGGUUGCCAGCAGGACACUGGGCAUCCCCAGCUCCAAGAUUCACAUCACUGAGACCAGUACGAACACUGUGCCCAACACCAGCCCCACCGCAGCUUCUGCCUCAUCUGACCUCAACGGCAUGGCCGUCCACAAUGCAUGCCAGACACUAAUGCAGCGUCUGGGGCCAUACAAGGCCAAGAACCCCACCGGCACCUGGGAGGACUGGGUUAGGGCUGCAUACUUUGACAGGGUCAACCUGUCAGCAAAUGGCUUUUACAAGACCCCUGAUCUUGGCUAUGACUUUGACAGUAACUCAGGAAGACCGUUUAAUUAUUUCAGCUAUGGUGUGGCCUGCUCUGAGGUGGAGGUUGACUGCCUGACUGGAAGCCAUAAGAAUGUGCACACCUCCAUAGUGAUGGAUGUUGGUAAAAGUCUCAAUCCAGCCCUGGAUAUUGGACAGGUGGAGGGAGGGUUCAUGCAGGGUGUGGGCCUGUUCACGCUGGAGGAGCUGCGCUACUCCCCUCAGGGCUACCUCUUCACCCGCGGCCCCGGCAUGUACAAGAUCCCCGCCUUCGGGGACAUCCCCACCGAGCUGAGUGUGGCUCUCCUAAGGGACGCCCCCAAUGAGAGGGCCAUCUUCUCAUCAAAGGCUGUAGGAGAGCCACCUCUCUUCUUGGCCGCUUCUGUGUUCUACGCCAUCAAAGAGGCCAUUGCCGCUGCCAGGACGGAGUCAGGGCUGAGUGGCCCAUUCAGACUGGACAGCCCUGCCACCCCUGACAGGAUCCGUAAUGCCUGCGAGGACCGCUUCACCAAACUGUGUCCUCCUGCAAAGCCUGGAACCUUCACCCCCUGGGCUGUCCAAGUGUAAACUGGACAUGUGUAAACAGAGCUACAACCACUUCCAGGCCUAAGACAGUGUGUGUGUGUGUUGGAAGUCUCUGCUGUCACCAAACCAGGUGUGUGUGUGUGUGUGUGUGUGUGUGUGUGUGUGUGUGUGUGUGUGUGUGUGUGUGUGUGUGUGUAGGACACAGAGUUGGAUUGGAAUAGAAGUGGACCACUCAUGCUAUAGACAAUUCAUGCUGCAGAAAUACCCAGGCUUUUGCAACGUGUUGACCACAAGGAAACGCACAGUCUGUUGUUUUUGUAGUCCCUUACUUUCACCUUUGUGCUCUGCUGUUUUGUUUGUCUUAACCAAAUACAAGAGUUGCGUCAGUGCGCCUAGGUGUUAUAUAAUAUUUUCCAAUGAUUCAACUAGACUAAUACACUGAAACAUUCAGAUUUUAAAAUAUUUGUAUUCAUUGCACAUCAUAAUACAACAUAUACUAGUACAUGCUACACCACAUAGUAAAAUAUUUACUGCAGUACACAACUUAUUCACAUAAGAACAGCAAUCACUCAACAUUUGUUUAUUAGAAAUCAAUUUAAUAAAGCACUUAAUAUUUAUUUCCUAUUCUAACAGGUUAACAGUGGCAACUUUUUGUGGACAUGAUUUCAAAAUCUGUACAGUACCUUUACAAAUAAAUAUAAGUGGUAUAAUUUAA